CCAGGUUCCCUCCCACCCAAACCCUGCGGGGAAUUCCUUGCCUUCCUCCUCCGGAUCCUAGAGCCGCAGAUCCGAGCGCCUCGCCUCCCCUCCCCUCCGAUGGAUCCCGCCGCCGCCGGCGCGGGCUCGUGGGACACGGAGCUCGCGUGGCACGUCCUCACCGUGCUCCUCCGCAUGGGCCGCCCCGCCGCCGCCGCCGAGCUCGCCGCCGUGGCGUCGUCGUCGCCGGCGGGCGCCAUGACGCCGCAGCACGUCGAGCGGCUGUGCCAUGCCCCCGGAUCGCCGCUCCGCUUCUCCGGCGGCACGGUGACUGUUUCCGGAACGGCCGUAGUGGCGUUUCUGAGGUUCCUGGGGUGGGAUGUGCCGGCGGUCCCGAGGGCGAGGCUGAGGCCCUCCGACUUGAGGAGCUGGUGCGCGGAGAUACCGAUUAGGUAUGAGCGCAAGCGGAAGGCUCCCGACGCGGACCGCUUCGGCGUGAAGAGGCGCCUCCUGAUGGGGGCCGAUGCAGAUUUGGUAGAACCCGAGCAGCAGCAGCCGAUUGUGCCAAGUUGUUCCUCAGUUGCUGCUGGAGAGGUACACCUGGAGGUUAUGCAAGAUAGGCUUCCUCUAGUUUCCAACAUUGCUAAAAUUGGUACACCUUGUCUUCAACCUAAACUUAAUCAGUCUCUUGGAGUCAGCAACGACAAUCUUCUUGGGAACAUGGCAUCUACACUGACAUGGAAGGAGUUGUCCGUUCGUCCAUUUAGUGAUAUUCCUUCCAUCUGCGCUGAGAAAUCAGAGAACAUCCAUGCAGUAGUUAAUGAAAUUAGUAGGAUUGGUGAACUGGAAGGAGCACUUUCAUAUUACAAUUGCCGAGUAGAGGAUAGUGAGGAUCUGGAAAAGAAGCCAAGCCCCCUUCCUAUGAUAGUGGAGGUGCCUUUAGUUGGAGAUACAAAAAUAUGGCUUGAUGAGGAUCUAAAUCUUUUUCACACAAGACCAUGCAGUCCAUCUCUCAAUUGUGAUACACAGUUAGUAGACAGUAUAGUAAGAACCAGUGUGAUGCCUGACCAAGCAGCUGUACAAAAUGACAGCCCAAAUGCUGGACAGGGUGAGGAGAUCCCAUCUUGUGGUCAGGAUGCUAAUACUGGUGUUUUCCAGUCUGCUACAUGCACCAAAGCAGAACCUCUACUACAGGAACCGAUUCAUGAAGUGAACAAAAGCUCAUGUCAACCAUCUCUGGGCACAAAAGUUGACCCGGCAGCAUUGCCGCUAGAAGCGACGAGCCAUGAUUGUAUCAACAAUGGAAAGUUGAACGUUGUUGCUGAAAAUAUCAAUAGCACAAACCUAAAGGACAGAGAGCAGCUACAUAAGAAAGUGGGUACCAUUUUUCCGAAGAAGGAGCAAGACAGAAAGAUGGUGAAGCAACGGGAGAAGCGCAAGAAAAAUGAUGCCCUGCCCAAAGAAGAUAAGGAUCAACUUGCAGAAAAUGCUCAAAAGGGCCAUGCAGAGCCAAAACCACUGCCUAGCUUCAAGGAUUUUGUCGUGGAAGAGGAGGAAGGGUCAGGAGGUUAUGGGAUCGUUUAUAGGGCUCGGAGAAGCACAGAUGGAAAAGUAUUUGCCAUAAAAUGUCCUCGUGAGAAAGCGCAUUCACAUCAUGUUGACAAUGAACGAAAGAUGUUGGAACGAUUUGGAGGCAAGAGUUUUGUGAUUAGAUAUGAAGGCUGUUUUAGGAGUGGUGAACUAGACUGCUUUAUUCUAGAACAUGUUAAGCAUGACAGACCAGAGAUUCUCAAAAGAGAAAUAAAUGUCUUUGAGUUGCAGUGGUAUGGGUAUUGUCUGUUCAAAGCUCUUUCAAGCUUGCAUAAGCAGGGAAUAGUGCAUAGAGAUGUGAAACCUGGAAACUUCCUCUUCUCUCGUGACCAGACAAAGGGAUAUCUUGUUGACUUCAACUUAGCAAGUGUUAGUGAUGUUCACCAUAAGUUCUUGAAAAGCAGUAAAUCUGAGACAAUGUCAUGUGGGAAGGAUACCGCAUCUCAAUCUUCGUUGAAAUCUUCUCUAGUGAUUCAUGCCAAAGAAGCAGCAACCGACUCAAAACAACCUCUUGGGCCCAAGAGGAAAAGAUCAAAUAAAAUCCCUGUGGGCAGUGAUCCUAGGGUUGACAAUAAAAGUAGGCAUGGUAGCCAACCUGCUGAUGGAUCUGGUGUAACCUCGGCCAAGGAUCCUACAAGCGUGAAAACACCAUUAGACAGGUUAAAGCAGCCAAUGCCUUACAGAGGGCGGAAGGAAUUAAUGAGCUUCUUGCAGGAGGCAAUGGACAGUCCCAAACAAAAUAUACCGGCAGCUCCAGUUUCCCAUAGGAAGAGGGUUGCUGCUCCUGUGGGUAGUGUGGAUCGGAAGUUAUUUGUACUUACUCCAAUGCCCCUGCGUUGUGAUGGUAAUGCUGUUCCUGGUUCUGGGACGAUUAACAGCAAAGGAAAUGGAAAACAGCGAAGAGAAGGUCCAUGUGUUGGAACUAAAGGAUUCCGAGCUCCAGAGGUUCUUUUGAGAUCUUCUCAUCAGAGUUGCAAAGUUGAUGUCUGGUCGGCUGGGGUGACACUCCUGUACUUCAUAAUCGGCAAGGCACCUUUCGGCGGAGAUCCUGAACAGAACAUGAAAGAAAUAGCGAAGAUCAGAGGCAACGAAGAAUUAUGGGAAGUAGCAAAACUGCACAAUUGCGAAUCUUCCUACCCACAGGAGCUAUUUGAUGUCAAAUUGCUUCAGUCGGUGGAUCUCAGGGAGUGGUGCAUGGCCAACGCCCGCAGGCCGGAGCUCCUCGAGCAGGUCCCAGACUCGCUGUUCGAUCUGGUCGACAAGUGCCUGGCGGUAAACCCCAGGUGCAGGAUCACAUCGGAGGAUGCUCUGUCACAUGAGUUCUUGGCUCCGUGCCGUGAAAGCCUCAAGAAGAACGCGCUUAGGAUUAGGUCAGCAUCAGCUUCUCACCCUCCUCCCUGCUUGCCUCGAGAUGCCAUGGUUAACGCCAACGAGUUGUAGCACUCGUUUCAGACCUUACUCGACCUGUUUUGACCUGAGUAAGCUUAAGCUGAAACUGGUAACUGACGUGUCGUGUGUGGCUGUGUGCCAAUAGCUUGUUUAUCUGUUUAUUACUGCUGUAAAUGCUGUACUUAAAAAAAAUGUAACAAUCUAAUGUUCCCGUGUGCUGACAAGGUUGUUAUUAUGACGUGUUGCCUGAUUCACGUAUGAA